AUGUCCGGUUACACGUAUGACGGACCCUCAUCCUCGUCCGUACCACCGCCGCCCUACUCCCUGACUGCCUCCGCCUCCGCCUCCGCCUCCGAACAUUUUGAAUCCACGUCCUCGUCCCAAUUCCCGCCCCCACCCACCGCCGCCUAUGACGGGCCCAUCGUGGGUCCGUCCUCUGGCUUCUCCUCCGGCUACCCCUCAUCUUCCGCCGAAGGUUUCGGGAUCGUGGAUUCCAAGUGGCGCCUGGCCGAUCCUAGGUCGUCCUCGGCUCAUUCGCUCGCGCCAUCCACCAAGGACCGCGACGGCAUCACCCGCCGGACCUUGCUCGUCAUCUACAUCCACGGCUUCUACGGCAACGAGUCGUCCUUCCGGUCUUUUCCCGCCCACGUUCACAAUCACCUCAAGGACGACCUCGCCGAGACUCAUGUCGUCCACUCCAAAAUCUACCCCCGUUACAAAACGUACAAGGCCAUCGAUGUAGCUCGUGACAACUUCAGCCAGUGGCUGGAGCCGCACGAGUCCGAGUCCACUGAUGUGAUUCUCGUCGGACACUCGAUGGGAGGCUUGCUCGCGGCCGAGGUUGCCAUGAUGCCUAACCGGCACCCAUAUAGGCGCCAUCCUUACAAGCAUCGCAUACUUGGUACCAUCUCACUCGAUUCGCCGUUCCUUGGACUUCACCCCGGCAUCAUCGUGGCCGGAAUCUCUAGUUUAUUCAGACCGGCGUCUCCAACAGAGGAGAAGCAAGAGCACGAGGCUUACAACCAGCUGAGCUCUACCAACUCGGCCCUGACCAGUCCCAACCCGUCCAUGUACACCCUGGAGACGACGAGCUCACUGGGCGCGGACCUGUCACCUCAUCCGAGCAACACACCAUCCAUGUCCUCGAGCAACCCGCCGCAGCAGCCGGAUCCCACUUUCAACCCGCCGUUCUUUAACGACCUGAAUCUCAAGGACCGUUCCUUCAUGAGGCGGCUGGGUCAUUUUGCCAAGAAACACAGCCGCGAAGGCAUCUGGGACGCUACCAAGAACCACGUCAUGUCUCAUUUGGAGUACGGCGGCUGCUUGGCGGAUUAUCCCGGCCUGAACGCCCGAUACAACAAGCUCCGCGCCAUGGAGAGCGUCGACCCGCUGCAGCAAAUGGGCGACGGCAAUGCUUACGGCAACAACGUGAACGGGCCUGCUCUGGCAAGAGUGCGAUUCAUUAACUACUACACCCUCAGCUCAGGAAGACCCAAGAAGCCAAAGACGCCAGACACGCCCAAGUCCCCCGAGUCUCCAAAGUCCCCCGAGCACCAUGCGGCCCCAAGCACGCUACAGGUCGGCUCCCAUCUAUCCCCGCCGUCUUCUUCGACGCCUAGAAUCUCUCUAUCGUCCGACGACGGCCAGGAAAUGGAACUACUCGAACCGAUCCCGAUGGAGGACAUUGACGAAAAGCUUUCGGCCCUCCACACGGAACAACAGCAGGCACGGUUUGAUCACGAUGCCGCGGGGAGCUCCUUGAACUCGACCGACGCACUCGACAAGGAAGCGCGCGAACCAAAGGGCAAGGAGAGAGAAGGGUCGGUGCACGGCGAUAUCGACUCACACGAGAUGCUCAUCGCCGAAGCGGGACCCGGGCCUGCUUCUGCCGCGGCGGUCGACGAGGCGGAGAACCCCGAGGCUGCGCCGCUCAUCGGAGAUGUCAUACCCGAAGCGGAACUACCACCCAUCCCUGACCUGCCCGAACAGCCAACGCCUCCGGAUCUGGAUAGGUACACGGACAAGGACGCUCGGAAACAGGCCGAGAAGGAAGGCAAGCGCGCGCAAAAGGCGUACGAAUCCGCCGUCAAGAGUCGCGACAAGGCUAUCAAGGAGCGCCAGAAACUCGUUGAGAAGCGUCACAAAAAGGCAGAAAAGGAGGCGGCCAAAGAGGCGCAGAGGAUCGAGAAGGAAAGACAAAAGCUGCAGAAGGAAGAGCAGAAGCGGCGACAACAGGAAGAGAUAGCGGCACAGAAAAAGGCCGCUGAAGGAGCGGCAUUGCAGCAAAAGGAAGAGACGCACGAUGAGAAGGAGGCUCGGAGGCUCGCGGAGGAGGCAAAGAGGAUGGAGAGGGAGGCUAGGAGGUUACGGGGGGAGCCGCUCGAGAGUGACACCGAGGAUAAGAAGCUGCAGCCCGAGACGGGAAAGGAGGAGGUCGAGGCCGAGAUGGCGGCGACCGUCAUCGCCGGAGCCGCAGCCGCAGCGCCGGAAAGUGUAGCAACAGCGGCAGCGGCAACGGCAACGAACAAGCGACGACCUCCGAUGGUAUCACAGUCCUCGUCCGCAGCAUCCAUCAACACAACGCAGACGGGUGCCACCACAAACACAAACCAAUCCAAAGCCGUCGCCGCCAAAUCCAAGUCCAAGUCCAACUUUGACAAACCCAAGAAGGAACGCAAGUUCUGCACUCUGCCCAGCAAGAAGAAUGGAAAACCCGACGAGACGUGGGUGUCGGUGUACAUGGAAGGCAUGGACGAGGUCGGCGCCCACUGCGGGCUCUUCCUCCCCGGCCCACAUUACGACACGCUCAUUGGCGACGUCGGUGAGCGCAUCGUGGGAUGGGUCCAGGACGAUUUGAGCGUCAGGGCCAUAAUGGAGAUGCCUUGA